CAUAGGUGCACUACGUAGGGUAUGAAAUAACGGCUCUUUAUGUAGUGCACUAUAUAUAUCCAAAAGAGAGGUAUUUGGGAUCUGACUUAUGGUUCCUAGUUAGCCAGAUGAAAGACUGAUGGUUAAUAUAAAGAUUGAUGAAACACUAGCAUGGCUUUAAUUGUCAAAGAAACACAGAGCAUCAGAGACGCAGUAGCCUUCAUCAACUCUAUAGAGGUCAAUAAGCUGUCCAGACUUCUCUCUCGCAUUCUUCAGAAACUUCAUCUUAAGGGCGAGCGCUCCUUCAGUGAAGAUGAAGAGCAGAAACUACAGACUGCUUUAGCUUUAGAGAAACAAGCCCUUCACCUGGUGCUGGAGACUUCCUCAUUCUUAUUAGAACAGGCUGUGUAUCACAAUAUUAAACCAGCAUCUCUGAAGCAGCAGCUUGAAAACAUCCACAUUGCUCCAGACAAAGCUGAGGCAUUUAGUCAGGCUUGGGCUACAGCUGGCCCAGAAGUGGUAGAGAAGAUUAGACAGACAAUAUUUGCCCCCAAGAAGCUGGAGCAUAUAGGCUGGCAGCUCAACCUUCAGAUGGGCCAGUCAUCACAGGCUAAGCAAAAAGAGCCACACGCUGUGCUGGACCUGGGAGUCAGAGAGGAGGAUGAGUCGGAGCAUCUACAGAAGGUUCAUAUGGAAUUCAGCCACCAGGAACUGUUGGAGUUCUACAACAAGCUAGAGAUGAUUCAAGCCCAGCUGGAUUCCCUGACUUGAUGCUGAUGGGACAGUUCAUAAGGGCAAGUGUGCAGUGUAUCAGCCACAUUUCCCUUGAGUCCAGGGUCCAGGAGUCUUGUCAGGAAGGAUUGGUGUCCUCAGUUUGUUAAUUUCUGUUUAAUUACCGCAUCAUGGUCUAAAAGUCUGUGUCUAAUUUGUCAUUUGUGUACCUUGCCUUUUGUGUGAGUCAGAUAUCGUGACUGAGAAUUAACUCAAAGCACAAAUGUCGUUCUUAUUGUACACAGUACGAAGUUAUUGUUAUUAUAAAUACUGUCCCUACUGGUUGGAUUAUCUAAUUUUGUUGUAUAUGUGGGUGAAGAAAAUGAAAUCAGGAAGAAAAAAAACUAGGAAGAAAGUAGUUGUUUAUCAUAAGCUCCCUCUCAAUACAUCUAGCCAGAGGUUUCAACAUUUAAAAGUGUGAGUGUGAAGUCACACUCUUGAUCAGUUACUAAGUGUACUCAAGGGCCUGUGUCAGAUGGCUUUACAGAUUUAACUUUCAUAAAUCUGUCAUAAAAUGUGGCAGUGCAUUCAACAUGUGCUAAUUGAGAUGUCUUGAAACAAAUGUGCACUGAAAUUAAUAUGAAACAGAAGACUGGUCCUAAAAUAACGAAGAUAUUCUAUGAUACCUUAUACCUUAUAUUUUCAUACAUUUCUGUGCUGAUCUAAACGUUCAUUCAAUUUGUAAUGGAAUUGCUAACUGUGGUGUAUAGCUAAUAAAUGUGUAAUGAUCCCCUGCCAUGAAAGGUCA